AUGACCGUCAUCAACCAUGCCCUCGCCUCUUCGCGCAGCAAGUCGCGCAAGGCGCACUUCAGCGCUCCCUCCAGCGAGCGCCGUGUCAUCAUGAGCGCUCCUCUGAGCAAGGAACUCCGUGAGAAGCACAACGUCCGCUCCAUCCCCAUCCGCAAGGACGACGAGGUCACCAUCGUCCGGGGCUCCAACAAGGGCCGUGAGGGCAAGAUCACCAGCGUGUACCGUCUCAAGUGGGUUGUGCACGUCGAGCGUGUUGUUCGCGAGAAGUCCAACGGCCAGAGCGUUCCCCUCGGCAUCGCCCCCUCGAAGGUUGUCAUCACCAAGCUCCGGAUGGACAAGGAUCGUGAGCAGAUUCUGGAGCGCAUUGCUAAGGGACGUGAGGCGGCCAAGUCUUCGUAA